AUGGCCAAUUCAACUUCGCAAGCGUCUGGUAAUGGUUCCUUUCCCGGCAAUAUCAUUCCUUUCCAACUUCCGAACACCACAGUGGUCGGUUGGUCGUUUGUCCCGGUUGCUCUUUGCAGCAUUAUCGCUAACCUCGCCCUGAUAACUGUCUACUGCAAAACACCCAGUCUGCGCACUCCGUUCGGUAUUUACGUGGUCAGUUUAGCCACGGUGGACGCUUUGCAAUCGUGCAUCUUAUCGCUGAACAACAUCGCCACGUUUCUCCAAAUUGCAUGGCCAUACGGAGCCUUCUACUGUUCCUUGGUGAUGUAUCUUGGCUGGGUGCUGAUCGGGCUGUCCAAUUAUAUCCACCUGCUGAUUACCUUGAACCGAUUAUGGGCGGUCACGUUUCCCAACAGUUACCGCACUCGGCACAACAAGACUUUCGCUUGUGCCGCAAUUAUCGUGGCCUUCGCUUUCAUUCAGGUUUUGGUGUUGCCGGGAAGCGUUGUGUACGAAGUACGGUUUGGCCGCUAUCGGCCGCCAUAUUUGUGUGCUUUUGACUUUCGGCAGAUGAUGACGUGGGGAAUUGUUGCUUCGACCGUACUGAAUACAUUCCCGAACGUGGCGAUAAUGGUCCUGUAUCCCAUUGUGUAUUACAAAGUGCACAGUCGGGUGCAGGAUUCUAAGGUAGUUCUCCCGCUAAAUCGUACAAAUUUCCCCAACUCUAACGCACCUUCUACAAAAUCUACCGGUAUUUCCGGUACAUUGCCAUCCUGGGGAAACGCUAACAGCGCGGAGAUCGCGGGAGGGAACAAAACAAACCAUGAUGUUGCAAAACUUCCCGCCGGCCGACGACAGUACAACGGUCGCCGGCAUUUUGCCAUUCUCACAGCACUGGUCAUCAGUGCGGUAUUCUGCUGGACACCGAUUAACGUGGUGUACACCCUGAUGCUGUUCGAUAUCUUCAACUUGAAGGCGCUGGCAGCCACAACAUUGAUCUUCUUCCUGGACACACUACUGAAUCCGCUGAUGUAUCCGCUAGCGUCACAGGAGUGGCGGGACGCCUUUAAGCGACUGUUACGCUGAU